AUGGGCAACCAGUCGUCCAAGGGCAUCAAGGUGACCAGCCAGGACAAGGCAAUUUUGGAUCUCAAGCUGCAACGUGACAAGCUUAAGCAAUACAAGAAGAAGAUCCAAGUUGUUCUCGACAGUGAGGUGGAACUGGCUAAGGAUGCGCUCAAAAAGGGAGACAAGAAGCGGGCUCUGCUGGCUUUGAGAAAGAAAAAGUACCAGGAAGGUAUGUUAAUCAAGACAGACGAACAGCUGGAAACUCUAGAGAAUCUCACAUCGUCCAUAGAGUUUGCUUUGGUUCAGAAGGAUGUGGUCUAUGGUCUUGAGCAAGGAAACAAGGUGCUCAAAGAGAUUAAUCAGGAGAUUUCAUUGGAUCGGGUUGAACGACUACGAGAUGAGACAGAAGAGGGUAUUGCAUACCAGGAGGAGGUUUCGGCCAUGCUCAUGUCCAACAUUUCUAACGCCGACGAGGAGGACGUUCAGGCCGAGUUGGAGGCUCUGGAACAGCAGGAACGAGCCAAGUUGCCCCAGAAGCAGACUACAUUCCCCGAGGUCCCGAAGGACAAGAUCGAGGAGCCUAUGGACCUGCCCAAGGUUCCCGAGGGCAUUCCGGAAGACAAGCAACCCGAGAAGAAAGAGCCUUUAUUGGCGUAG